UGCCGAGCGCUUGCGUUGUUCGGGCGAGCCGACGACGAGACUAUAGCUGUCUGGAAAUUUGUGUCGUGGUUUAGACUAAAACAUUAUACAUACGGGAUUUUUUUUGUACGCGUGACAAGAUAAUCGUUCCACAUUGUAUCACACGCCUCUGUUAGUGUCCCGAAUUAGACCGUCCCCGAGCCCGCCGUCCUUCUCACGGAGAACACGUUCCGGUGUUUAGCCCGCGCUGCAUUCGUUGCCCAUCUCCAGGACGAUGGCUGCCGCCGAGGUGAACGGCAGCUCCGCUCCCGUGAAGGAGGAAGAGGAGCCCAUGGACGUGACCGCGACGCACACCGAGAACUACCAGACGCUCGUCGACGCCGGGCUUCCUCAGAAAGUAGCCGAAAGUCUAGAUAACAUCUUCCAGACAGGCCUGGUGGAGUAUGUUGACUUAGACGAAAGGGCCAUUGAUGCACUGCGUGAGUUCAAUGAGGAGGGAGCGCUCACUGUGUUGCAACAAUUCAAAGAGAGCGACCUGUCACACGUACAGAAUAAAAGUGCUUUCCUUUGCGGAGUGAUGAAGACUUACAGACAGAGAGAAAAGCAAGGAAGUAAAGUACAAGAGUCCACCAAGGGCCCAGAUGAAACAAAAAUAAAGGCUUUACUGGAGCGGACCGGAUACACCCUGGAUGUCACUACGGGGCAGAGAAAAUAUGGAGGUCCCCCGCCUGAGGACGUGUUCAAAGGAAUCCAACCAGGGAUUGGAACUGAGGUGUUUGUCGGAAAAAUCCCAAGAGAUUUGUAUGAAGAUGAGCUUGUUCCUCUCUUUGAGUCUGCUGGUCCGAUCUGGGACCUCAGGCUAAUGAUGGACCCUCUCUCUGGUCAGAAUAGAGGCUACGCCUUUAUUACCUACUGCAAUAAGGAUGACGCACAAAAGGCCGUGAAGCUUUGUGAUAACCAUGAAAUCCGCCCUGGCAAGUACUUGGGAGUGUGUAUAUCUGUUGCAAACAAUCGCCUGUUUGUUGGAUCAAUUCCAAAGAACAAGACAAGGGAAAGUAUAUUGGAAGACUUUGGGAAAGUUACAGAGGGUCUCCAGGAGGUGAUACUGUACCACCAGCCAGAUGACAAGAAGAAAAACCGCGGCUUUUGUUUCCUGGAGUACGAGGAUCACAAGUCUGCAGCACAGGCCCGCCGCCGCCUGAUGAGUGGCAAGGUCAAAGUGUGGGGUAACCCCGUCACUGUGGAGUGGGCGGACCCUGUUGCUGAGCCAGACCCGGAGGUCAUGGCCAAGGUCAAGGUGCUCUUUGUUAGGAAACUAGCCACAGCAGUGACUGAAGAGCUCCUUGAAAAAACCUUCUCCCAGUUUGGAAAGCUGGAGCGAGUGAAGAAAUUGAAAGACUAUGCUUUUGUCCAUUUUGAAGAAAGGGAUUCUGCUGUAAAGGCAAUGGAUGAGAUGAAUGGGAAGGAACUAGGAGGAGAAGACAUCGAGAUAGUCCUGGCAAAGCCCCCGGACAAGAAGAGGAAAGAGCGCCAAGCAGCUCGUCAGACCACCAGGAAUUCAGGGUAUGAUGACUACUACUACUACCAACCCCCACGCAUGCCCCCACCUGGCCGAGGCAGGGGGCGCGGUGGCCGUGGGGGCUAUGCCUAUCCGUCCGAUUACUACGGAUACGAUGACUACUACGAUGACUACUAUGGCUAUGACUAUCAUGACUACCGUGGCGGCUAUGAAGACCCUUACUACGGCUACGAAGAUGUGUACAGCAUGAGGGGCCGUGGCACCCGUCCCAGCAGGGGCGGACCUCCUCCACCUCGAGCUCGUGGGGCACCCCCGGCAAGAGGGCGGGGGGGCUACGCCCAGAGAGGGCCCCCCCUUGGUGGCCCAAGGGGCGGCCGAGGAGGGCGUGGAGCACCUUUCCAGCCGCAGAGGGGUCGCGGUCCUCGCGGGGCCAGGGGCAACCGUGGCGGUAACGUCGGCGGAAAGAGGAAGGCCGACGUGUUUAACCAGCCUGACUCCAAGCGCCGCCAGACCAACAACCAACAGAACUGGGGGUCCCAGCCCAUCGCCCAGCAGCCUCUGCAGCAGGGGGCCGACUAUUCCGGUGGAGGAGCAUUGAGAGCGGCACCAGUAGAAUGAGGAACUCACCUGAACGGUACUCAAGGGUGAGCUAGCCUUGCACAGAGUACUGUCUCCUCUCCUUUAGCUAUUUGUAGUCACUGGAGAAACACCAGCCAUCAUUUUGCAGUGUUCCUUUUAUUGUUUCCUGGCUAAUUAACUGCACAGCGAAUCAAGCUUGCUAGUGGGUAGCGUGAUCAUUUCCUCGUUUUUCCCAGGAUACGGAGAACACAAGUCCUGAAGUUGACUUGAGAAUCGUUGCCAAUGUUCAAAUAAUUGUGUUCCCCUUAUGUUUGUGGGGUUUAGAGAACGCGGGAGCAGUGUACAUUUCCUCCGCAGCGGUGCAUAUUUUUCCCCUAUAGGCCACUUGAAACGUCCUACCCACAUUUGUACACAAAUGGAUGUUUCUUUAGACUGGAAUGAACAGCGGGAUGGCAAACAGUCAAGGAUUUCGUAGGCGCCAUAAACUCCCAAAAACCUGCAAACAUCUGUUCCUUGUCUCUGCUCACUGCACCAAAACCCCACCUCAGCUGCCUGCACACAUUCUGUGAACGGAGGGUGGUGAGUAUUUCCCCCUCCGGUGCCACUAGAGGUAGCCGUUCCACACCAGCACGGCUGGCAGAUGCAUUGUUCAUUUAUCCGACGUUGCUCUUAUUGGACAUUUUCUGAGCUGUAAAGGUAAAUUAUUACACAUUAAGCAGAUAAGAUGUUAAAAUGUAUUGAAACAGAAGUAGGAAUACGAAAUGAAAAACUGAUCAGCUUGGCUGACGUUGGAACAAUGGCUGUACCUCAAAACAGAUGUGUGUUUCCUUGAACGCCACCAGAUGGCAGUAGUAGUGCUACAGGUAAGACUGAAACAGGGAGCACAGGAUUGCAUCAGAAAGCUCACUCUAUUGCAUAUUUUGGUUUGUAUAGAAGUGACAUCACAUUGGAGUUUCCUUUUUACAGUUUCUCAUUUCAGAAUUGUAUCUUUUAUGUGCCGCCUCUCUUCACCAGGCAGUAAAGGCGCAGACCCCAUCCAUGUGACUUGAGUUCACACUAAUGGAAGGGCCUGAUUGCUCUGAUUCGGGAGGCCGGGCUCAACCAGCUGCAAGCCGGCAGCGUCGCAGGGUUUCUCGACCGGCAGAAUAAACCACCUGCUGGGCGGUGCACUUCGGGGCCAGUGUUCACUGAACACAGACUGGCUGCCCUGUUCCCGGCUCUGCAGACUGCACAGAAGCUUAGGAGGAUACAGUAGAUGGACAUAAUCAAGAGCGCCAUCCAGCAGACGGCCCGGCCUUUAACAGUUUAAAGAAUCAAUUAUUAAAAGGGAAAUGAUCUGUUGCUGUUAAUUUCUCAAUACAUGUUAUUACCCAAGUAAA